AUGGAUGCGAGUCAUGGGACAGUUCAAACUUUGAAUCAUUUCGAGGAAGAUGAGCUUAAAGGAAUUACUAACAACUAUAGUAUUUGCAUUGGUGAAGGUGGCUUUGGGAAAGUGUAUAAAGGAGUCCUUUCCGAUGACUAUGAUCUAGUUGCAGUGAAGAAAUAUAUCCGUAAAGAUUUAAAGGACGAGUUUGUGGAACUAAAUGAGAAUUUUACCGCCAAGGUAUCAGAUCUUGGAUUGUCAAAGCUUCUUUCAGGUGGCAUCACUCAGUACACAAAUACGGUAGUUGGAAGCAUGAAUUACAUGGAUCCUGAAUAUCUCCGUACAGGAUGUCUUACCCCAAAGAGUGAUGUCUAUAGUUUCGGAAUAGUUCUCUUGGAACUAAUAGCUAGAAAAAGGGCAAAGGAGGGUGAUGUUUACCUAGUUGGAACUUUUGCCGAGGCAAAGGCAAGGGAUUUGAGGGGACUAUUUGAUUCAGAAAUAGCGAACGAAAACAACAUAGGGAUUCUUCAACAGAUGGUGAAACUAGCAAAUGAAUGCCUCAGACGGGAUAGAAAUGAACGUCUUAAAAUGACUGAUGUGGCAGAACGCCUUCGCGUGCUUAAAAGAAAGGUGAGGACUAGACAAGAAAACAGACGUCCCCAAUCCAGUUUGGAAUCAUUCUGUUCAUGGUACAAGAAGAGUCCGAGCUUUCUCGAGAGAAAUGCUAGCAAUCAUAAGAUUCUAUCAGAACUAAGAAAUGUAACAAGAUUCACAAAGGAGGAGAUAAAUGAUGUCACAGAGAAUUACUCUUUUCUACUCGAGGAAAGGGGACCAGCUAAGUUCUUUAAAGGAACACUUGAGGAUAAUACAGCUGUGGUGGUGUGGAAAUUUCUUUAUGCAGACUCAGAAAAGGCAUUCAUCAAUGGAGGCAUCAUCUUGUCUCAAAUUGUUCACAAGAAUAUUAUCAGACUUUUGGGUUGUUGCUUGGAAGCUGAAAGCAGCCAGGAAGAUUUUCCCCUAGACAAACGUAUUGGGAUUGCAAUUAAGACUGCAGAAGCAUUACAGUACCUCCAUUCAUCAACUACUGGUAUCAUCGGACAUGGUAAUGUUGCAGCAUCAAGUAUACUUCUAGACAAUAACUUUUCGCCAAAGCUCACAGAUUUUUCAGGGGCAUGUAAGCUUAUCACGGAGACUGAAAUUACUGCCAGGGAUAGUGUAAUUACGCGCAAUUUUCUUGAGAACAUACUCAACAACUACCCAAAUCACUUUACGUCAGUGUUGAAGAAUCUGGAAAAUGACUUGUACGGGUUUGGCGGUGUUCUAUUUGCACUCAUUAGUAGGGACAACAAUAUUUGUUUAGAUGACAUUGUCUUAAGAUUCACCGAAGCUUACCAAACAGAUAAUAGUGGGGAGGCGUUCUUCGAUAAGGUUAUAACAGCCGAAGAAGAAACCAAUGUCCUGCAAGAGAUCGGGAGGUUGGCACUAAAGUGUACGGUCUCGAAUGUUGAUGACAUGGAUAAGAGACCAAACAAUGAAGGAAGUGGCAGAACAACUUCACAUGAUUAG